AUGCCUCCGAGCGGGGCCACGCUACAUCCCAGAGGACAUUUCGCCCUUCGCGUGGUGACGCAAGCUCCUUGGCGAUCUCUAGCGGUUCCGCCGAAAGGUCAUGACCCGACCAGUCUCGUCACCUCUAGUCAGGUUCCAGCACAGUCUAGCUCCCAGCAACCACGUCUUCAAUGGCCAGACCAAGAGCAGCCCUCGAUGAUUGACACCGAUUCCCAUCACAUCUCGUCCUCAAACCCUGUUUGGGAUCAGCGGUACCUGUCGAAUUGGAAUACUCCAUCCACUACCGGUGGGACCGGAUCAAGCGAGUCGCCGUCACGUUCACUCUCCCAUUCGAGCGAAUCUUACUCCCCUGCACCCCACGCCUUUGUCCCACCCUACCCCUCACCUCUAGGACGAGGACGCACUCGGGACCAAGAUCAUAUUUCGCAACCACACCCAGACGAGCCGCCAUAUGUUAAACGACGGCGUGUCACCGUAGGAUCGUCAUCGAGCACGAGCACAGCUCCCAGUUCCAACCGCCGCUUCUAUAACUUCAACGAUCGGACGCGGUCGACGGCAGUUGGAUCUUCGGGCAGUAUGAUGAUCACUUUCCCUGUGGAGAGUGGAUCGUCGGGGCCCAAUCAAUCCCACGUAGCCUCUGACCUCAGAGGACCAUUGGUGGUUCAACCUCCUUCGCAAAUACUUCAUCCUGCAGGAUUACUUCCAGACGACUUCGAGCAUGGACCGACAGAACUUCCUCCGCGACCUUACUCUCGACCCACUGCGCCAUCGUCUCCGCCAGGAGGGAGUUGUGCAACCCCCGUCGGCUCGAAGGACGGCGACAGCGGCAAGGAAAAGACGAGGAGGCGCAAACCCCAUCUUCCGGAUGACGUGAUGGACUAUCUACCGACACUCGAGGGCCGUUUAAGCAAGAUCGAGCUAGGCGUCAGAGACUACAUCGAUUAUCGCCAACAACGAGCGAUAGAGAAAUCGCUCCUACCUCCUGCCCCGCGCGCACAUAGCGAUCCUGGUGCUGACACAUAUUCCUUUCUCUCCUCUUCUACGACUUCGUACGCUUCUUCACCUUCCCAUGCGCACGCCCCCUCCUCGCACGCACACGACCCAGAUAAACAAAAUGAAUAUUAAAAAUUCGACGUCGCUUCGUGAACCAGUACUUUUCGUAUUCUCUGACCAUCGUCUUUAUGUAUACCAUAUGCAGGCUUCCAUUCACGAUACAGCUGUUUUGUUUUGAGCGCUUUUCUUCUUGCCAUGCUCACCCAUUCUUACGUUAUGUAUGCCACC